AUGCUGGCGUCGCUGGGGCGGUCGGCGGGGCGGCUGCUGCGGGCCGGGAGCGGCGCGACCGGGCUGCGGCACGCGGGCGGCGGGGUGCACAUCGAGCCGCGGUACCGGCAGUUCCCGGAGCUGACGCGGGCGCAGGUGAUCCGGAGCGAGCUCCUCAGCGGCUUCAUGUGGUUCUGGAUCCUCUGGCACUUCUGGCACAGCUCGGACAUGGUGCUGGGCCACUUCCCCUACCCCGACCCUUCGGCCUGGACGGACGAGGAGCUCGGGAUCCCUCCGGACGACGCGGAAUAGGCGCCUCCAGCCGCGGGUGCCGGCCCUCCCGGCAGCACACCGGUCCCUGGAACUAAAGAGGCCCCUGGAACCAAAGCUUUGGCUCCUCGGUCCUUAUUUCAAUAAAAGUGAACUGUAAACAAACUCUAA